CGUAAUACUGUCAUAAUAUUAUUUCGGUGUUUUUGGCGGUCACUGUGAUUGUUGUGGAUAUAACCUGUUAAAAGUCCACCAAAUAGUACAAAUUUCACAAUAAAAUCCUGAAAAGAGUAGUAAUAUGGCUGAAAAAUUAGAAGACCUGAAUCUCCCCUUGACUGUCGUAACUCGAAUAGUAAAAGAAGCGCUACCCGAAGGCGCCACAAUAUCAAAAGAAGCUCGCACAGGUUUAGCGAAAGCUGCCUCAGUUUUCGUAUUAUAUGUCACUUCUGCCGCCACAAAUAUAGUUAAAAACAAGAAGAGAAAAGCUUUAACCGGCCAAGACGUAUUAGAUGCUAUGAAAGAUAUAGAAUUCGACAGGUUUAUUGAGCCAUUAGGUGAAUCGUUUGAACAAUAUAAAUUAGCAGUUUCCGCGAGAAAGUCAGGCGCCGGCAAGAAAAAGGACGAAGAGGAAGUGGAAACGAUAGAAGACGAGUAGUGAAAUUGUAAUAUAAUUAAUGUUUAGUUUAUUGUUAAGUAUUUUGUUUGUGAAGUGAAUAAAAUUUAA